ACACAUUUGCAUCCCAAACCAUCAUUUUUUUCAAACAAAGUUAAAUCUCUCUUGCUGAAGAAUUAAAAGAUGAUGAUGUUCCAUAAGUCACUUGCCAUCUUUAGCUCCCUAUGCUUCUUCAUGGCCAUAUCCUCUAUCGCCCAAUUCGACGGUCCUCCAGUGCUCGACACUGAAGGCCGACCCCUGCAACGGGAUGUCGAGUACUUCAUCAAGCCUGCCAUCACCGAUGUUGCUGGCAAUCUUACCUUAAUCACCCGAAAAGGUGAUCAGUGCCCGUUUUACGUUGGGCAAGUACCACUUCUUUCACAAGAUAUAGGUUUUGGAGUCACCUUCACGCCUUAUCUAGCGGGUGAAGAUACGAUCAGAGAAGGGAGAGAUUUGAAGGUCGUAUUUCAAGCGUUCACAAUUUGCAUAACGUCGACUCAAUGGAAAGUGGGGGAGGCAGAUCCUAUAACUGGAAGGAGGUUUGUGAAGCUCGGGAACGACGACACUGCCACCGGGUACUUUAGGAUCGACAAGAGUGACCUCGGAGUUUAUAAUAUAGGAUGGUGUCCCUCAGAUGUCCCCAUUAGAGGGAGGCCAAGGUGUGGAAGUGCUGGAAUUUUGAUUGAGAAAGGUUUGAGGUUGUUGGCUUUGGAUGGAUCUGCAUUUCCCUUUGAGUUUGUGAGAGUUGAGAUAGCUGGAAAAAAGCUUGAUUCUAUCUUUCAAGAGAAAAAAUAAUGUGUGCAAAUAUGUUCUAACUAUACUCAUUUAAAUUAAAUAAAACUCUAUAUGAUCUAGCAUUUGGAUAUAA